CCUGCCUAUAUCCCAGGCCGCCCUGCCCGCCUGCAGAGGCUGGAGAGAUGGCACUGCAGUUUGAAGCCUUCUGUGCAGAGGGCCUGGCCCCGGGCUGGAGCCUGCUGGUCCAGGGACACUCUGACUGUGAAGAAGACAAGUUUGAGAUCAAUUUCCUGUCCGAGGCGGGGGACAUUGCCUUUCACAUCAAGCCUCGGUUCUCUAGUGCCACCAUGGUGGGCAAUGCCUUCCAGGGCGGCCGCUGGGGCCAGGAGGACGUGUCCUGCACCUUCCCGCUGGUGCUGGGGGAGCCCUUUGAGAUGGAGGUCAGCUCGGACGCCCAGCACUUCCACGUUCACGCCCAGGAGCACAAGGUGCUGCAGUUCACGCACCGCCACUGGCCGCUGGCGGCUAUCACCCGUGUGCAGGUGCUGAGCGACCACCGCCUGGCCCGGGUGGAGCUGGCCAGGAGGGCCUGAGCUGAGGGGAUGGGGGCUACUGAGCUGUGCCCGAAGUCCCAGGAGUGAGCCUCAGCCAUCAGCCACCAGGCGUCCAGUGGGUCCCACCCUGUGGAAGUUGGGGAGAGGGGAUCUGUGGUUCUGGGGCCCCCAUUCCUGCUCCACUUUCAAUAAAGUCUAAGCAAAUUAAAUA